CCAGCGCCGUUUCCAGUUGAGAGAUGGCGGCCGCCGCAGGUAGAUCGCUCCUGCUGCUGCUCUGCUCCCGGGGCGGCGGCGGGGGCGCCGGCGGCUGCGGGGCGCUGACUGCCGGCUGCUUUCCCGGGCUGGCCGUCAGCCGUCACCGGCAGCACCAGCAGCACCGGACGGCACACCAGAGGCCGGUGUCCUGGCAGCGUGUGGGAGCUGCAUACUGCAGUACGGUUGUGCCCUCUGAUGAUGUGACGGUGGUUUAUCAGAAUGGGUUGCCCGUGAUAUCCGUGAGGCUGCCGUCUCGGCGUGAACGCUGCCAAUUCACACUCAAACCUAUCUCCGACUCUGUUGGUGUGUUUCUACGACAACUGCAAGAGGAGGAUCGGGGGAUCGACAGGGUUGCCAUCUACUCACCAGACGGCGUCCGAGUUGCUGCCUCCACAGGAAUAGACCUUCUCCUCCUCGAUGACUUUAAGCUUGUCAUUAACGACUUAACAUACCACGUACGGCCACCAAAGAGAGACCUCCUAAGCCAUGAAAAUGCAGAAACCCUGAAUGAUGUGAAAACGCUGGUCCAGCAGCUCUACACCACGCUGUGCAUCGAGCAGCAUCAGCUCAACAAGGAGCGGGAGCUCGUGGAGAGGUUAGAGAACCUCAAGCAGCAGCUGGCCCCCCUGGAGAAGGUACGAAUCGAAAUCAGCAGGAAAGCUGAGAAGAGGACGACGCUGGUGCUAUGGGGUGGCCUGGCCUACAUGGCCACACAGUUUGGCAUCUUGGCCCGGCUUACCUGGUGGGAAUACUCCUGGGACAUCAUGGAGCCGGUCACCUAUUUCAUCACCUACGGAAGUGCCAUGGCCAUGUACGCGUACUUCGUGAUGACACGCCAGGAAUAUGUUUAUCCAGAAGCCAGAGACAGACAAUACUUAUUAUUUUUCCAUAAAGGAGCCAAGAAGUCACGUUUUGAUCUAGAGAAAUACAAUCAACUCAAGGAUGCAAUUGCUCAGGCAGAAAUGGACCUUAAGAGACUGAGAGACCCGUUGCAAGUACAUCUGCCCCUCCGACAGAUCGGAGAAAAGGAUUGAUCUGCACAGAGCGUGAAGCCCGGCAGAGAGAACGCCUGUUUCUAACUCAUGCCUUUUUAAUCUCAAGCAUUGCAGGUGGAAGCGGGGGCCAUGUGGGGGAGAGAGUUUUUACCUUUAAUUCUAAGACAAAACACAAAAAGGAUCUUAGGGAAGAAAGGGACGUUAAAUUCUGAGGAUCAGGCAUCGUGAAAUACAAGUGCAAAGGGCUUAGUGAAUCUUGUCUUAAGCAUCUCGUUUCCAGAUGAGAAUGAUGCAGUCACAGCUGAGAGAAUGAAGCAAGGGUGAUGUUGGGGUGUUCGUUUCUUGCAUCUUUGCAAGGUCUGCAAAACACUAACACACCAGCACCCCACUCGGCUCUAGUUUUGUUUUUUGCUUUUUUUUUUAAUUUAAAGUUUCUUAUUUUUGACAUAGGAAUAAAUAACUAUAUAAGAAAGCAAAUCCUUAUGAAUUAUGGUUGGCAGAGUCUGAGCCAGUAAGGCUAACCUUCAUCUUAAGCUGGAACCAGUCUCUGUGAAGUUACCAGGAAUUUCUCCACCCCAGGUCCCUUUUCUGACCAGCUAACUACUUACGUAUACCUGCUGGUUACACUACUUUUAUCCAAGUAAUCAUUGAAAUCAAUUUAGGACUGUUUGGUGAUUGACAGUUGGAUUAUGUCGUCUCGAGUUCUCACGUCUGUCUCCCAGGGUUCUGAAUGGCUAUCUAG